GACCCAAACUUGUCCUUGACUGAUCUAAGCAGUGUUCUCCAAGCCGUAGGAGCUCACGUAGGAUAUAUCAUGGAUGGCGACGAAGACGUCUCUACGCCAGGCUCCCCUGUCCUCGAGUCCGACUCGUUAUCUCCCGAUCAACUAGCUCUUGAGAAACAGCGCGCCACUCUCAAGACCUAUGUCGACUCCGUUCCGUAUGAAUGCGAGCCAGAGGAGGUUAUGCUCGAGAAACUCGAGGAUACUGUCGGAAAGCUCUCUAUUUGUGUAGAGACCAAGAACUGGCUUCUUUUCUCCACUUGGGAUGGCGCACUCCAGUGCUGGCUCCUCAUGCGGUAUCCCGUUUCUAAGUCUCUCCGUGCAAAACUUAUUCGUCUCUACUAUGAACUCUGUCUCCUCCCGGGCAUCGAGCCCCGCAUUACGCGCUCGUGGGCGGACAUGCUCUCUAGGCUUUUGGCUUCCAAGUCUGACUCCCGCCGCAAGCUCGAACCUCAAGACCUGCAACUUCCUUGGAAGCCGUUGUGGAAAGUGCUCCAGAAGGAACUCUGGAUCAAGAGUAACCUUUACGAGCCUUCCCGCAAUGUAGUCAACAUCCUCCUAUUCGUUGCUGAGCAAUGCAAGCGAUAUUACCCCUCAUCUGAGAUACCGGAGAUGUUGUCGACUUUCAUACCUCUUCUGACCCAGGAUACAUACCUCACAAUGAUUCCUGCCAUAACCUCAUUUCUUCCACCUACGCACACUCAUCUUUACAUUCCGGCUCUCUUCAAGAUUUGGGAGGCGUUCAACUCUGCUAUCGUGGACGACAGAAUGAUCAACCUCGUCGGUGAAUUAUCCGAAGAACAUGUCGCAGGGACUGCCGGCGAUGCUGGUGCUGAAGGUGGCGCUCCGUGGAAAGACGUCGGGAUUUGGACUCAGGAAGAGUGGACUGUCCUGAUCGGCAAGGCGUUGGGAUCCAUGAAUGUCCCAGUAGGAGCUACUAGAGGCGCAAGCACAACCGGUGGAUAUGCCGAUACCAAGGGCGACCACCCUUCUCUACGAAUCAAGAAGCCAAUAAGUCGUUCCAAUUGUCUGGCGAGGAUGAUCGUGUACUCUAUGGCUGUCGAUGGCCCCGUUCGAGUCGAUACACUUCCUUCGCGUGGCGCGGAUUAUUCAGCGCGACAAGAAGGGUUUUUGGCUGGAUCGAAAGCGAUGGACUCUCUAGAUAGGCUGAUUACUAGCACUGAAUCAUUCUUUCAUCCAUCCAACUCUGGCCUGUGGACAAUGAGUUUGACGAGCUUCUUGUCCCGAGUAACGUACGAGUUUGGCAAGCGCUGGAAGGAAGAAGAGCAAUCUAGCUGCAAGACCCCUGUCGGUCAACGCCUCACACCCGCUAUUCGCCGGGCUCUCGUCCUGACCCUCCGCACGCCAGCACUCCUCGCCAUGUUCUCCAAAGAUCCCCUCUCUGCAGGUUUCGCUCAGAAUGCACUACGCUACAUGGCCCUUCUCGAACCUAGUCUGAUAAUGCCCGAGCUGCUCGAGCGUGCAUAUAGCGGCUUGGAAGUUGUGCUCGAAACGCACAGGACCAUCGCUGUUUUGGCUAUGCUUGCGGGUGUGGCCUUGCCGCUGGCUUCUGAGCAAGUUUGGCUGGGCGGACAGAAGCACAUUGCCCCCUUGUUGGAAUUAUGUAUCCCGGGUAUUGAUCUGAACGAUCCGACGAAGACAGUUUGCGCUUCAGCUUUCAUCGUGGCUGUAUGCCAACAUAUCAAGAUCGGGGAUUUGUCCAUGACACAAUCGGGUCUGUCGCUCUCGGGUGACGCGCCACCUGAGGACUCCAUGGAUGUGGACGAGGACACUCGCCUGCCUGAUGGCACCGAGGGGAUCGGAAUGCCCGUCCUCAGCAAAGCUGAAGAGAGGACCUUGGCCAGAGAGAGCACUGCUUCGUUCGCAGACUGGGUCACAUCGCUCUUCCGACGGAUCCUCGCUUUGUAUGAGAAUUUACCCGAAGAGGGAGGUAAGAAGAACACGACGGGAGGAAAACAAGAAGAGAGUGUCCUCCGCUCGCUCAAGAACACUCUUGAUGUUGUUUGCCUCCACCUCUCCGACCCACUCUUCGAUCUCGUCCUCAAGCUCGUCUUCGAAUACGCUACGUCGACAGCCAAGUCUAACGCUGUCAAGGCCUUUGGGCAGAUGGUUUCCAGUCUUGCGAGGGCACAACCUCAGAAGACGAUCGACAAGUUCUUCCCAUGGUGUAAGGCGCAGAUCGAGGAGGAGUUGAAGCAUGGGGCGUCUAGUAUACGGACUACAACGACCCAUGUCCCGGUUCCUUCGGAUACGACUCUACACUGGAACAUCGCUAUACUUCGCGGGUGCUUUGGCUACGAAGGCAAAGCGCUUCUUAAACACAAAGACCAAAUCAUCGAAGUGCUCUCUUUGCUCGUUGAGAAGACCUUGAGCGAAAGAGGAUACGGAGGAAGCGCGAGGCUCAUCGCUCGUAUCAUGGCCACACUUACAGGUGUAUAUCCUCUGGACAGUAGAUUCGUCAACACCGACGAGUGGAACGAUCCCGAAUUUGAUAAAGAUCACAAUCUUCAUUGGGGCAAGAUGUACGAGGCCAAGGAUGUGAAAACCGAGUGGCACGUUCCAUCCGCAGAGGAGAUUUCAUUCGCCUUGGAAAUUCUGGACAAGAUUGUCGCUCCCGCCUUGGACAAAGUUGAAACACUACUCAAUACGGCUGAUUCAUGGGAUAAUGUGGCCCGAAAUGACUUCUGUCGCUACCUCCACGUAUGCCGGUCCACCUGGAGUGGUCUCAGCACGUUCAUCAAGGAAGGCCCCAAAGAAGUCGUCCAGAGCUGUCUGAAUCCACAUCUCGAGGUCGAGUCCCUCGUCGUCAAAUCGAUCGACGUCGAAGCCGGUUUCGCCUUGGCUGACCCUGCCGACCCACGGUACCAGAGAGCUGCCGCUCAUCGUCAGAGGUUUGGUCACGCCGUACAUAAAGCCGCAACUGCGUUGGGACAAGGACAUGAGGGAGAGGAUCAUAUCGAUGCCGUGCUCUCAGUGGCGAAGGCGAUCGAUGUUUACAUGUCAGAUUACGCGUUGGGGAGAACCGAAUUCGAUGUGUUGCAAAAGAACUAUUCGACGCAGCGGAACAUCAACCGUCUGGGACCGAAGCAGAAACAGAAUGCCAGGCUUGUUUGGAUGAAGCGUGCCCAGGUGUACCACAGUGGGCGUGUCUACUUGCAUGAUGUAUACCGUCGCCGGUCGGAACUCGACGACCAACUACUGACUGACACGCUCGAGUUGUCGAUAUCUAGCUACGUCCGCGUAAGAAGACAUGCACAGGCUGUCCUUAACAACAUCUGCGGGCUCUAUGUGCGGUCCACCAGGUUGAUCCUUCCGAUGCUAUUCGACGCCCUAGCCAAAGGUAUCGACGCAGACCGCAUGAAGGGAGCACUCUACAUUCUGUGGAACAAAGGAAUUGCCAGCUACGCUAUCGCAGACCCGAAAGAUCCCGCGAUGUAUGGAAAAUACCUGAUCGCGCUGCUCGAAUCUCAACACCAAGAGAAGCCCUCCAUCCAGAAGCUCAUAGCGUCGCUCGCGCAAGAUAGCCUUAGCCAUCUCCAGGAAGAGACUACGCGAACAGAUGCCUACACCGACGAAACACCUGGUGUAGUUAAUGCGAUCAAUGCCCUAGCGUCUGAGUUCUCUCCAAAGGUCGUCGAUCAGGCGAUCCUCACAGAAGCUGUGCAGAAACGCUCUUCAAGGACUGCGGUCAGGCUGCAAAAGUAUGACGAGACGGUAGCGACGAUUGUAGAGAUCGCAUUGCGACCUUCCACCCAUUGGCGUUAUGUUCAAAUCGCUCUGACCUUUCUCUAUGCACUGCUCCGGCGAGAUGCCCCUCCAUCGGCUGCUUUGACCAAGCUCUUCAUCGAACAAACAACAAGUCCUCACCCGACGCUACGCAGGAUCGCUCAACGUGGGAUCAUAAAGAUUGCGGCAUUCAUCAAAAUCCGCACAUACUCGAAGACGUCGGAGGAACUAUGGUUGGAUGCGUGGACCAGUCCUUUGUCCACUCAGCUUUCGAUCAAGAGUGAAGAGGAAUUCUUGAAGCUUGCUCAACAGCCCAUUCAAUCGGGAGGAGCCCAGGAUCUGUACAUCGACCAGCUUAGCUCUGGAUUCCUCGCAUGGACUCCCCAUACGAAGGCGUAUAAGGCUGUGCCCGCAGGACCCCCGCCAUUGUCUUGGGAGACCGAGUCCCAACCAGCUCUCGAGACGAUCACAGCGCUCAUCGACCAGGACGAGUACUUCGACAAAUUGGCGGUGCUUUGGGGACAGGAGUCGGGAAGGACAACGGGGAAUCCCGAGCUUCGGCCAGAUAAUAUCUUGUUUAUCAAGACACUGGCCAAGACAUUCCAAGGCGCAGGGCUUGAGAAACUCCUUCAGGUCACUGAACCGCUCUUAUGGGACGCGGACAGGUUCAAGCAGCGCGCUGCUGCUGAGAUUAUAGGCGGUCUCGCUCGUGGAUCAAAACACUGGCCGAAGCAGCUUUCCGAUCAACUAUGGUCCUGGAUUACCGAUCGUCUUGAUCGAAUCUUUGCACAGAUCAAGCCAGAUACAUUAAACUUGUGGGAGGGUAUUGUUAACCUUGCCCUCGAGGAACGUGACCCGCGUCGGACACCCGCCCUUGUGUCUUGGGUUCUUUCUCUGCCUCUUGAUCUCCAGAGUGACUCUGCGUUCGCUAUCACAAAGUCGCUCGCCAUGAUCAGCUGUUAUCUGGACCUUGUCGGGCGACGAGAUAAGCAGGUGAUGGAUAAGUACUUCAAUCUGUUCUUGGACAACUGCAACAUAGGCUAUGCGGAGAUGAGAGUACUCAUCGCGCAAGAUCUCUACAUAAUCGUCACCAACCAAUGGCGGCCGGCGUACCCUUCCGUCGAGGCGUUCCUACAAGCUUGUCAGACCUCGGAUGACCCUCUGCAGAUCCGACAAGCGCCGUAUCUCUCGCGGUUUGUAGAAGUCGUGCAACAGCUCCCGAAGUGGAAAGAAGAACGACUUCCUCCACCGCGAGUCAAUCAAUCUCAGUACGACAAAGUUGGUCUGACCCUGUUGCGAUGGAUGUGGGUCUCAUUCUACAGUUCUCACGCGUCUUUGAUGUUCCCAUACAUGCUACACAUGCUUCCCGAGUUCUUCCGCAUGUCGGAGCUCAGCGACGACACAGAGUUACAGACCCAUAGUCGAGCAGUGCUAUAUAUUCUCUCAGCCGUCGCACCUCCUCGAGCACGGGAAACGACAGAGGUCAUCACCUCCAGUUUCGUGGACGCCAUCAAGUCUUCAACGCAAUGGAGAAUCCGGAUGCAUGCCUUACCAGCUUUGGUCGUCUUCUUCUAUCGCAACCUCUUGAGCAUUCCGAACGAGAGUAUAUCCACUGUUAUGACUGUUCUGCUCAAUUGCCUCUCGGACGAUAAUGUGGAGGUGCGAGAGAUGGCAUCAAAGGCGCUCUCAGGCAUCGUCCGCGUCUCUCAACGACAGAGCAUCAUUCCACUUAAGGAUCGCUUCGUCUCGCUGGCGCGUAAGACGAGGAUACCGCAGCGAAAAGAUCCUGCUUACGCCGAAUCUCUGCGCACGCUGCACUCUGCCAUCUUGGGCUUGUGUGCGCUCAUUGAGAGUUUCCCUUACUCUGUCGAGCCCUGGAUGCCCCCGCUGACCGACAUUCUCGCUUUGCAUGCGACUGAUCCUCCGCCUAUCUCAAGCACAAUCAGAAAGUGUUCGUCUGAGUUCAAGAAGACCCAUCAGGAUACUUGGCACAAAGAUCAGCUGAGCUUCGACGAGGACCAACUGCAGAACUUGUCAACGAUGCUCGUUGGGACGUCAUAUUACGCGUGAUCGUCAGAGGCGGGGGAUGUGAAGCAAUCGUUACAUGAAUCAAUCCAUCAGUAUGUAUGUUGUGUGUAUCUCUUAGGCAAUCUUUGCGCCCAAGUUUGGCUCUAUUUAA